AUGGCUUUAGAUGUUGAAUCUGACCCACACUCUUCACCCAAAAAUAGCCCCAAAAAUAACCCUAAACACAUCGAAACAGCAACCACCAUCAAUCCCAACCACCCCUUCUACAUUCAUCCCAGAGAGAAUCCCAGUGUCACCAUCGUUACACCGCCCCUCGAUGACAACAAUUAUCACAACUGGAGUAAAUCCAUGCGCCACGCUCUCACCUCCAAGAACAAACUUUCUUUCAUCAAUGAAAGUCUCCCGAAACCUUCUACUUAUGACCCUACAUAUGACCAAUGGGAACACACAAAUAACAUGGUUCUUUCAUGGAUUAAUCGCACCCUCUCCCCUCAUAUUGCACAAAGCACAAUUUUCUUUGACUCCACAUUCGAGCUAUGGGAAGAUCUCCGUGAAAGAUUCACCAAAGGUAAUCAUUUUCGUUUCUCUGGUCUUCGCGAAUUACAUUCUAUACAACAAAGAGAUCGAUCUUUAUCUGCAUAUUUCACCGCCAUGAAAAUCCUUUGGGAUGAGCUCGAAGAUUUACGUCAUACUCCAUCUUUGUUCUUGCAACACACCCUACACAUGUGA